CAUUUGCCGGUUAAAGAAAGAAAAGAAAAAAAUAUAGUAAGGUAGCCCCCGCCGCGCAGAAGCUCUGGUUUCAAAUUUCCCACCGUUGAACUGCCGCCGCCGCCGUUGCCGCCACCGCCAUGCUCUCAGUCCUCUCCUUCCUCCGCCGGCGCCGGCACCAUUGCUACCAACUCCGCCUCCUCCACGACCGCCAGUCAUCCACCGCCGCUUCCACACUCCGAACCCCACUCUCCCACCCUACCUACUUCGUGUGGUCCCCCAACACCUCCCUCGGCAAGACUCUUGUCUCCACCGGCCUCGCCUUCUCCUCCCUCAUCGGCCGUUCCGCUCCGUCCAAGUUCGUAUACCUCAAGCCGGUCCAGACGGGUUUUCCCUCCGAUUCCGACUCCCUCUAUCUCUUCAACAAGCUCUCCUCCCUCUCCCUCCUCCACAAGCCCCACUCCCCACUUCUCUCCUCCCAUCAGAUUCUCCAGUCCUCUUUCCCCGCUGCAAAUUCCUUAUCCUCUUCCCUCAUCAGGAGAUCGCCUGAUGUGUCCGCUCCUUCAGGUCACCCCAAUUCUGCCAGUGGGAUGGUGGAUUUAAGCUUUUACAAGGAGAACAGGGUGCUAGGCGAUGAAAGUGAGGGCAACUUCGUGUCGGAGCUGGUCUCAAGGACUAUAUUUGCGUAUGAGGAGGCAGUUUCACCGCACUUGGCGGCAAAGAGAGAGAGCGCAGCGGUUCAGGACUCCGUGGUGGUGGAAAUGGUGGAGAGGUGCUUGAGAGCUGGACUAGAAGGUGAGAGCGAAGAUAGAGAGGUUCUUUGUUUGGUGGAGACUGCGGGUGGGGUCGCCAGUCCCGGGCCUUCGGGGUCUCUUCAGUGCGACUUGUAUAGGCCAUUGCGUUUACCUGCUAUUCUUGUUGGAGAUGGACGGUUGGGCGGUAUUUCGGCAACUAUUUCGGCUUACGAAAGCUUGAAACUUCGUGGAUAUGAUGUUGCAGCUGUUGUGUUUGAAGAUCGUGGCCUUGUCAAUGAAGUGCCGAUAAUGUGCUAUCUCCGGAACAGGGUGCCUGUGCUUGUGCUGCCACAGAUUCCACAAGAUCCAGCCGAUGAUCUGAUGCAAUGGUUUGACGAUUCUCGAAGUGUGUUCAACUCUUUGAGGGAUAUAAUGCAAUCAGCUUAUGCAGAAAGAAUGCACGCAUUGCUUCAUAUGCCAAAGAAGGCAAAAGAAAAGUUUUGGUGGCCUUUUACCCAGCAUGGUCUUGUUCCAGAAGAAGGUGUUACUUUAAUUGAUUCGCGCUGUGGUGAGAACUUUUCAGUGUUCAAGGGUGCAAAUGAUAAGUCUAUGACUCAGCUGUUUGACGCAUGUGCAAGUUGGUGGACGCAAGGACCAGAUGCAACUUUACAGGCUGAGCUUGCAAGAGACAUGGGUUAUGCUGCUGCAAGAUUUGGGCAUGUAAUGUUCCCAGAAAAUGUUUAUGAGCCAGCCUUAGCAUGUGCAGAGCUUUUGCUAGAUGGUGUAGGAAAAGGAUGGGCUUCCCGGGUGUAUUUUUCAGAUAAUGGAUCUACUGCUAUUGAGAUUGCUCUGAAGAUGGCAUUCCGCAAAUUUUCAGUUGACCAUGGAAACCUUUCAGAUAUCCUCAGCAAUAUUGAAGAUGAUAAAAAAGCUGAGCUCAUGGUUCUAGCUCUUCAAGGAUCUUAUCAUGGUGACACUCUAGGUGCUAUGGAAGCACAAUCACCUUCAGCUUACACCAGCUUUCUCCAGCAACCAUGGUACACUGGGAGAGGCCUUUUCCUGGAUCCUCCUACAGUCUUCCUCUCCAACAGUAUAUGGAAUCUUGCAGUUCCAGAGGUUCUGCAUUCUAAAGUUGUUGAACAUAGAACCACUUUCAGAUUGCGUGAAGAAAUAUUUUGCAAGAGUAGAGACAACUCGGAGCUAGCUGGACUAUAUGCAUCAUAUAUAUCGCAGCAUCUAUCCGGAGCAGGAGGACACAAGUGCAUCGGAGCACUUAUAAUUGAACCAGUGGUUCAAGGUGCUGGAGGGAUGCAUAUGGUGGAUCCACUAUUCCAUAGAGUUCUUGUAAACGAAUGUCGAAGCCGAAGAAUUCCAGUAAUCUUCGAUGAGGUGUUCACAGGAUUCUGGCGUUUGGGUGCAGAGAGUGCCGCAGACCUACUCGGUGUCCAACCAGACAUAGCAUGCUAUGCCAAGCUGAUGACCGGUGGGAUAAUACCUUUAGCUGCCACCUUAGCUUCUGGGGAAAUAUUUGAUGCUUUCAUGGGAGACUCAAAGCUUGACGCCCUUCUGCACGGCCAUUCAUAUUCUGCACAUGCUAUGGGGUGCACAGCUGCUGCUAAAGCCAUCAAAUGGUUGAAAGACCCUGAGACCAACUUGAACUUCAGUUCAGAAGGGAAGCUGCUCAAAGAGUUAUGGGAUAUCACAUUGGUGAACCGAAUCUCCGAUCAUCCAGCUGUCCAUAGAGUAAUUGCUCUGGGAACGCUCUUCGCCAUGGAACUACGAGUCGAAGGCAAUAAUGCCGGGUAUGGCUCGCUAUACUCAAGGAGACUUAUUCGGAUGCUCCGAGACGAUGGAAUAUACGUGAGGCCUCUGGGCAAUGUCAUCUAUUUCAUGUGUGGUCCCUGCACGUCGCCUGAGAUCUGCUCCCAACUGCUGACUAAACUCUACCGAAACCUCGAAGAAUUUCACCGGCUCCGGAGCAAAGACGAAUUCAUGGACGUUGUAGUAGAGAAGUAAGUUUCAGAAGGCAUUCUCGUAGUAUGCCCUGAAUAAGGAUCAUCCCACCCUCUUCUAUAGCUAGCCUACACUUCAGUUAAUACUCGGUAGCAAAAGUACUUCGCAGACAUUUCCUGUUUGUUGGGGAUUGAAGAGCUUAUGCCAGUAGGCGGAUUUAUCUUAAAGAUUGGACGUUGUUCUGGUGGUAUCAUCUAUGUGAACAAACAUUUUAUUAGAUAGUCGAUAAAGCAGGAAUUCUACUAUAUGAGCUCCAUCGAUUCCAAUUUUACAUGCAGACCUAUGAUGAUA